AUGAGGAAAUCCAUAUUCAGGGCCUCCAGGGCUGUAAAUCGACUCUAUUCAACAAUAAGACAUGCUGAACCCGCUCAAACGUCACCGAAACCUCCCUCCAACCCAAACAAACGCAACCUUGAAGACCUCACGCCGUCCGACCUUUGCUACUACUGGGACACCAAAGCACCCAAUACCGACCAGCUAGCUUUCGCAGACAAAAUAUUCAUUCCAUCGCGCCACUCGCCUAUAAAACUAUGGUCUGCCAGCAAGUUUCGCACAACGCCUCUCUCUUCGAUCGAGCCGGAAGUCGCAUUCCUGGGUCGGUCGAAUGUCGGGAAAAGCUCUUUGUUAAAUGCGAUCAUGGGCCAAGAAAUUUGUUGGACGUCAUCGAAACCAGGCCGGACGAGAGAAAUGAAUGCGUUCGGAAUUGGAGGAACGAAAGGCGGCGAGUCGAAAGUUGUCCUGCUCGAUAUGCCGGGAUACGGCAAAGCCAGUCGAGCUGAAUGGGGCAUGGAAAUCAUGAAAUACCUCCAGGGCCGAAAACAGCUCCGUCGCGCCUUCAUCCUCAUCGAUAGCGAACACGGCAUCAAACAAAAGGAUGCCGAUAUCCUCGGCUUGUUCCGCCGCUACGCCAUCCCCCACCAAAUCAUUCUCUCGAAAAUAGAUAAAGUCAUCACGAGGACGAAGAAACAGGCCAAGACCGGCGUUUCGGAUGUCGGUAUCCAGCGACUCCAGUGCAUGUUAAAGGACAUGAAACCCGUUAUUCAGCCCGAUCCAUAUACCUCAGGAGGCCCGGGUGCAUUGGGUGAGAUUUUGACUUGUAGUGCGGACGUUUCUGUCGGUCCUGGUCAGGCACUAGGCGUUGACGCUAUACGCUGGUCUAUUUUAUCUGCGGCUGGUAUUGAUGGCAGUUUAGAAGGUGGACGUCUGGCUCGGUUGUGA